UAUUUUUUUGUUAUAGAUUUUGAUUGUUACUCAUAGCCCUAAACCGAUAUAUCACUUUUAAUUUUUUUCAUUAUGUUAAUUUUUUUCAACUUGAAUGCAGGUUUCCAAUAUGUCUGGGUCUUCUUCAUUAAGUAUCAGAGAACCCUGUUUCUGUAGGCAUAUGAAAAAAGCAGACGAGAUAAUUCUGUCUAUUCCUUCUGAUGCUGCUUGCAAGCUGUGGUGUGUUGAUAUGGGCCCUACAAAUGUUAUGAUACAUACUGAUAAUGGCCGCAUUUUUUAUGUUUUUUUAACUGAAUCUAAAGGAAAUUUGUUCUUUUUCCAUGGAUGGUCCAAUGUAACCCAACAUUUGGGACUAUCCAAAGGAUGUUUUGUAGUAUUCAAUCCCCUCGAUUGUACUACGUUUAAAUUAACACAUUUCAUUGAUGGUGUUAGCGGUAGCUCUUUUUGGACAUAUCUGCUACGUACAUCAUCUCAUUUUUCUGUAAUACCUGAAGUUAUCCUGCCGGAAACCUUUUCUACAUCCAUUGAUUUAAUAUCCGCUAUAACGAUAAACAACAAUCCGUUUCAUGUUAGGAUUGAAACGGAUGGCGGUAAAUUCGGUUUUACCGUUGGUAUUGACGUUAUUGUUAGUUUGUUACAUUUAGAGCCUGGUUGUUUUUUUAUAUUUACAAAAUAUUUUGGUAAUGAUUUUAAUUUAAAAGUAUUUGGAAAAAAACGGUGUUGAAAUGAACUUUCUUGAUGUAGACGUUGAUGUGGUAAGGUUACUUUUUGUUACUUAUAUGUUAUUUAUACAUUUGUUAAUUUAAUAAUUUAAUAAAUUGUAUUAAAUGUUUUAUUUAAUUUGCAGCCUUUAGUUCCUCCUAUUGAUGCUGUGAAUGAAAUUUAUGAAGAACCACAUAGUCGUGUGUAUCGGUUUUCCCGUAUUGUUGGUACCGAUUUUAUGCUUCCCGAUCGUGUUUCUGAAAUGGCCAAACUUAAUCUUUGUUUGAAAGAUAUAACCGUCAGACUUUUGAAUCUGGAACCUCCAGUUCAGUUUACCAAUGGUACUAGACGUAAAAGGACACACAAUGGUUUUUGAUAUGCGUUAAGGCGAUGGUCGAAGUUCAUGAAAACUGCUGGAAUUAAGGUUCGUGACAC